AUGUUCAGCAAAGCUGAAGAAGAGGGUGUUAUGGAUCUUUUUACCCCUGGAAGCCUGUGCCAGCACUGUGGAAGUUUGAGCAUGAGUCUUGCAACAUUGGAAAGAAAGAUCAGCAGUGUUGCUGAGUACAUGGACGUCUGCGGCUCUUGCAUUGGCGUCUUCGAGCUACUCACUGAGGUUCGGGCCCAGUUUGGAAGAGCUGGAGAUCCGCUCUACCUGCACCACAUCCACACCAUGGCUAAGCAGGCCAAGAAGGUCCAAAUGGGCACCUGGUCGUCUGAAGACGAGAAGGAUGAGGAUUAG